CGUGUGUGUUGCCGUUUGAAAUCUUAAUUUCACCGGACCUGGCAACCUGCGUACCGGAAUCGACGCGCGCAUGCUCGAACAGUAUGGCGGACGAAGCUGAGCAGCAACCAUCCACCAACACGGUCGAGGAGCCGCUUGAUCUAAUCAGGCUCAGUCUGGAUGAGCGGAUCUACGUGAAGAUGAGGAAUGACCGCGAGCUUCGCGGCCGCCUCCAUGCGUACGAUCAGCAUCUUAACAUGAUUCUGGGAGAUGUGGAAGAGACUGUGACCACAGUGGAGAUUGAUGAAGAAACGUAUGAAGAACUCUACAAGUCUACAAAGCGUAACAUACCCAUGCUGUUCGUCAGAGGAGAUGGCGUGGUCCUUGUAGCUCCGCCCCUCAGAGUGGGUUAGCCUGCAGAAUUCACUGAGAGCUUCUGACAGAAGCUGCAGAUGUGAUGAUACACUGAAACAGUGUUUAAGUCAUUUUAUUUUCCUCUUCAAAGCACAGUAUUGUUUUUGCUUGCCCUCAAAAGAAAAGAAGCUUUCAAUUCUGUUUUUCUGCAGUCAGGAACAGCAUUGCCAAAUUUAUAUAGUUUUAAACUUAGUUUGAAAAUUAUGUUUUCAGAACUGAGCUUUUGGAUUAAGUGGUUUGGUGCUUCUGUUUCAUGUUUUUCAUGCAAAAGUCUGAAGAUGCUUCAAACACGUGUUUGGAGUCUGUCUGGAAAUUUUCUGUUUAAUGUAUCUUCAUUUAAACUUUUACAAAAAAAUGUUUUUUUGAGCUAAAAAUGUGCUCAGUUUGUAAACAUUUAAUUUGUUGUUUCUUAUUAAAAUACUUGUUAAAAAGAA